AUGGAAAAUAUUACAAAUUCAUUCCCAACACGUUACAUGUUGAAGAUUGAAUCAUUUUCGUUGCUCUCAGAAAAUGAUAUUUCCAAAUACGAAUCAAAUGAGUCCGAAUCCGGUGGCUUCAAUUGGAAAAUGAUCAUUCAUCCUAACGGAGAUGGAGAUGGAACAGGCCAUAUAUCUAUAUACUUGGCUGUUAUUGGGGCAAGCUUGUUGGAUUCUGUUUGCGAGGUGAAUGCCUCGUUUAGCUUCUUGAUAUUUGAUCAAAUUCAUGACAACUUUACUGUAAUGAAAGGAAUGGAGAGGCGUUUUCGCAAUAUCAAGACUGAAUGGGGUUUUUCGAAAUGUAUCAGUCAUAAAACAUUCAAAUAUCCGUCUAAUGGUUACCUUGUUGAUGACAAAUGUAUCUUUGGAGUUGAUGUCUAUGUCAUCAAGAAUCAGCGAAUAGGUGAAUGUAUGUCCUUAUUGAAAGGCACCGAGCUUUAUAAGAACGAAUGGAAGAUUACCGAGUUCACAAAAUUGAAGAAAAGAGUGUACUAUUCUGAGGAGUUUACUGUUGAGGGAUAUAAAUGGAAACUUUUGUUAUAUCCUACAGGUGAUAGCAGGCAAAAUGGUCAGAAUAUCUCCAUCUUUCUUGAAUCAGUUGAUGCUAAAGGCUUUGAUAGCCAAAAAAGUGUCAAAGCAAAGUUUAGCAUUUCCGUCAAAAACCAGAUUAGUGGUUAUAAACAUCACAAGAAGAGUGGUGGUGUAAAUUGGUAUUCAGCUACUGCAUCCGGAUGGGGCUGGUCAUCAUUUAUGCCAUGUUGUGAAUUUAAUGAUCCUAAAAAGGGCUUUCUAAUUGAAGACUGUUGCAUUUUGGAAGCUGAGGUUUCUGUUGUUGGCGUUGUUAAUUGUUUAACUUAA